ACGAGGUCAGAAGGCUAGAAAGUUAAUGAAACAAGUAGGGUAGGUGGGAGAGAGAGAGAGAGAGAGAUGCAUUUGUUUGACCGGCGAUAGCCCAAUCUUGUUCUUUGGAUCGAGAAGGUGAGGUCCCCUCCAACUGCCCUCCAUCCCAUUCCCAUCGGUCGCUCUCUCAAAUUAAGUAAUAAUGCACAAGACAAGCAGAAAUUAAGCAGCCCUCCUGCUGCUGCUGCCUCCCUCUAAUUAUUUGCAUCUGUGGGCGCCAGUCGAUCGAGGAAAUUAAGGAAGUAAUAUGGGAAUCAAACUUUAUAUGGCGGCGCAGAGCGGCUGGGGCUCCUUUGCCUUGUUGGCUGCUCUGAACAAACUUUACUGCUACUUUGUUUGCCUACUCCUACUCCUCCAGAAUCAUCACCAGAUUGCUCGAGCUCAAAACCAGACUGCAGCAGCUAACGCCACGACACCUCUUUCCGAAGUGAAUGCUCUGAAUUCCGUCUUCAGAAAAUGGGGGAUAUCAGCAUCAAACCAGUGGAAUCUAAGCGGAGAACCCUGCACUGGAGCUGCUAUCGACGAAACCAGCAUCGAGGUCACCAAUGGGAAUUACAAUCCUGGUAUCAAAUGCGAAUGCGGCGCCUCUACUUGCCACAUUACCAAGCUGAAGGUGUAUGCGAUAGAUGUUAUCGGUUUAAUCCCAGAUGAACUUUGGAAUUUGACUUACCUUGUCAAUUUGAACUUGGCCCAAAAUUACCUGACAGGUUCUCUUUCUGCCUCUAUCGGCAACCUAAAUCGCAUGCAGUACCUGAGCUUGGGUAUUAAUGCAUUGUCAGGGGAACUUCCGAAGGAACUUGGAAAACUUACGGAUUUGAGAUCACUAUCCUUUAGCACAAACAACUUUUCAGGUCCUCUGCCAUCAGAGCUUGGGAACUUAACAAAAUUAGAGCAAAUCUACUUUGAUAGUUCUGGAGUUAGCGGACCUAUACCUUCAAGAUUUGCUGCUCUACAAAGCUUGCAAACAGUGUGGGCUUCAGAUAAUGAACUCACAGGCAGCAUACCUGACUUCAUAGGGAAUUGGUCUAAGCUUACCACCUUGAGGUUUCAGGGAAACUCCUUUGGAGGUCCAAUACCAUCGACAUUUUCCAACUUAACCUUGUUGACAGACUUGAGAAUAAGUGAUCUACCCAAUGGAAGCUCUUCACUGGAGUUUCUCAAGGAUAUGAAAUCUUUGAAAAUCUUAAUUCUCAGGAAUAAUAAUAUUUCUGGUUCAAUUCCCUCUAAUAUUGGAGAUUACAAGAGUUUGUCACAGCUGGAUUUGAGCUUCAACAAAUUAACUGGACAGAUUCCCAAGUCACUGUUCAGUUUGAGUUUUCUCUCUUACUUGUUUCUAGGGAAUAAUAAACUAACUGGCUCCCUUCCAGCUCAAAAGAAUGCGUCUCUUCUUAAUAUAGAUUUGUCAUACAAUGAAUUAUCUGGGAGCUUUCCUUCUUGGGUCAAUGAAACAGGCUUACAACUUAAUUUAGUAGCGAAUAAUUUCACAAUAGAAAGUUCUAAUAACAGUGCUUUGCCUCUAGGACUGAGCUGUCUCCAGAGGAACUUUCCUUGUAAUCGCGAUUCACCUAUCUAUUCUAGCUUUGCAAUUAAGUGUGGUGGUCCUCAGAUUACAUCCAGUGACAAGAUUACAUAUGAGAGGGAGAAUGAGACUUUGGGUCCAGCCACUUACUAUCUCACUAGCACAAACAGGUGGGCAGUAAGUAAUGUUGGACGCUUUGGUGAGAGCAAUAACCCUCAAUAUACCAGUUUCGCUUCAUCUCAGUUCACGGAUACUUUGGAUUCAGAGCUGUUUCAGACAGCAAGAAUAUCUCCAGGAUCAUUAAGAUACUAUGGGUUAGGGUUGGAGAAUGGUAAUUAUACUGUGAUUCUCAAGUUUGCAGAGAUAACUAUUGCGAAUCCUACUAAUACUUGGAAAGGUCUUGGAAGGCGUGUUUUUGAUAUCUACAUCCAGGGGAAUCUAGUGUCAAAAGCUUUUGAUAUACAAAAGGAAGCAAAUGGAUCCUCUUACCGAGCUGUUCAAAAGAAUUUUUUGAACAUUAAUGUCUCAGAAAACUACCUUGAAAUCCAUCUCUUUUGGGCUGGUAAAGGGACUUGCUGUGUACCUGCUCAAGGCACAUAUGGACCUUCUAUUUCAGCAAUUAGUGCCACCCCAGAAUUCAACCCCACUGUUAGUAACAAACCUCCAACCAGUAAUAAGACCAAUACUGGUUUGAUUGUAGGUGUUGCUGUUCCUGUUGGAGUUAUAAUCUUUCUGUCUGUGUUUGUAUUAUUCUGUUUCAUACGAAGAAGGAAAAGGCCACAUAUGAAUGACGAUGAAGAGUUCCUAGGGAUGGAUGCUAGACCUUAUACUUUCAGUUAUGCUGAACUAAGGGCUGCAACAGAAGAUUUCCAUACUGAAAAUAAACUUGGGGAGGGAGGCUUUGGACCUGUUUAUAAGGGAACACUAAAUGACGGGAGGGUGGUUGCUGUUAAGCAACUUUCUGUUGCAUCUCACCAAGGAAAGAGUCAAUUUGUUGCGGAGAUUGCCACCAUAUCUGCUGUGCAGCACCGAAAUCUUGUAAAAUUGUAUGGAUGCUGUAUUGAGGGAGAUAAAAGACUUCUUGUUUAUGAGUAUCUCGAAAACAAGAGUCUUGAUCAAGCAUUAUUUGCAGGACAGAGAAGUUUAUCUCUUGACUGGCCUACUCGUUUUGAUGUAUGCUUGGGAGUAGCAAGAGGUCUGGCUUAUCUUCAUGAAGAAUCACGGCUUCGCAUUGUACAUAGAGAUGUGAAAGCCAGCAACAUUCUUCUUGACUCUGAUCUCAACCCCAAAAUUUCUGAUUUUGGUUUGGCCAAACUUUAUGAUGACAAGAAAACUCACAUAAGCACUCGUGUUGCUGGGACAAUUGGGUACCUUGCACCUGAGUAUGCCAUGCGUGGGCAUCUUACAGAAAAGGCAGAUGUAUUUGGCUUUGGAGUUGUAGCUCUUGAGAUUGUCAGUGGAAGACCAAAUUCUGACUCAAGCUUGGACGCAGAAAAGAUAUAUCUUCUUGAAUGGGCUUGGCAUCUACAUGAAAACAACCGUGAAGUUGAGCUUGCGGAUGCUAAUUUAUCUGAAUUUGGUGAGGAAGAAGUGAAAAGAGUGAUAGGAGUAGCGCUGUUGUGCACCCAGACAUCCCCAUCACUACGCCCGUCCAUGUCACGCGCAGUGGCAAUGCUUGCUGGAGACAUUGAGGUCGGUGUUGUGACUUCGCGACCGGGUUAUCUGACUGACUGGAAGUUUAACGAUGCAACCACUUUUAUGAGUAAUGAUGCUUCAUUAAUGGCUAAAAGUGAAUAUAAUAGCCACUACAGCUCAUCAAGUGGUACAAGCAAGGUGGCUGAUCCAGGCCUCCAUUCUCCGAUAGAUGUCACUAAACCUAUGCUUCAAGAUAUCAUUGGAGAAGGCAGGUGAGGGUGCCAUUUCUGUAAGAAGCAGAGAUCAAUCCAACUGGAAUACAUAUAUAUAUAUAUAUAUAUAUAUGCAUGACGCGGCGAGAUACCUUUUCUGUAGUAAAUUUAUUAUUGUUGUUUCACUUCUGUUUCUGUUUUCUUUGAGAAUUAAUAAGUUUGCCAUCUUUAUGCCACUUAAAAAAAAGUGUGUAUAGAAGAGAACACUAGACUAGAGCUGGAAUAAAGCCUUUGGAACAAAAGGCCAAAUCUUAGUUUGCAUUAUCCUACUUACGGUUGCCAUUGGGCUUCUGAUGC